CUUGUGGUGUCGAAGAAUGACGCAACUGGAUUCAGUUGCGGAUUUGUUGUUGCUGAUGAUGACGAUGACGAUGAAGAUGAUGUUGGUGCGAGGUGUUGGAUGGCGUGCGUGUGCAUGCGCCUCUGUGUGCAUGGGCGGUGUCGCUGCCGCCGUGGUGCAUGAGCAGCAGCAGCAGCAACAGCCGCCGCUACAGCAGGGUGCAGGAGUGGUGUGUGAUUGGCUCCCACACCAACACCAACAGUCUGCGUUGCGUAUGGCACACGGCGCGUGUCUGAAGCCACAUGACAACAACAACAACAAGCAACAUAGCAAUCACGACAGUGAACGCAAGAACGGCGCGGUGUCGCCAUGGGCAUGGCGCCGUUCAGGAACGGCAGUCACUGACUUCCCUUUGAUGAGGGCAAUAAGGGCGGCUUGGAGGCACGCGAAAGAGGCACUGGUGCCUUCAAGCAUGCCGUGGCAGUUCGAUCACGGCCUGCACAUGCAAUCACUGCAGCGCGAGAACAACGAGCGACAGCAGGAGCGACAGCAGGGCCGGCGGGGUUUGGUGGCUGCUGCUGUCGAUGAGACAAGCAGGAGUGAUGAUUGGGGUGAGGCAGAUGCUGGCACAACCACGGGAGACCAGCCGUCAGACAUCACUGACAACAGCACCAGCGGUGGUGACACUGAUGAGAGCACGUUGGAGACCGGCAAGCUACCACUCCACCUUGCCUACAUCAUUCAGUCCGCACGCCACGCCCUAGACCAAGAAGAUUACCAGAAGGCAGCCAAGCUGUACGACAAGGCGGUGGCUGAGGCGCAGAAGAACAACCUCGCCCAAAGCCAGAUUGGCGCACUCGCAUCUGUGGCUGGCAACGUGCACUUCCAUUUGCGCCAUUUCCGCCGCGCCAUUGAGUACUUUACCCAGGCGGUGCAGGCUGUGGUGACUGAGAGCCAGGGUGCGCCGGACGCACGUGCGAUUGAGCUGUCUCUCAAGCUUGCAGAGUGUUUCAGCGGCAUUGGCGAGGCGGACAAGGCCGAGAGUGGGCUGGACUGGUGUGUGCAGCAAGCGCGUGCCCUCAAGGCAGCCAGCACCGACGACGACAAAGGCAACGCGGAUGCCAUGUAUGGCUUGUGUCUGGAACAGCACGGCCUCUUCCUCAUGGGCCAUGGCAGGCCGCAGGAGGGACGCAAGCGGCUACUCCUUGCUGCAGAGUGCGCCCGCAACUUCAAACCAGAGCCCGUGCCCAGCGCGGCCGCGCGGUGCUACAUUUACGCUGCCCAGUGCAGUCUGGCCGUCGGCGACGUGCACCAGGCGACCAUGGACAUUGCGCGGGCGCAAGAGGUGUGCAAGAGCCCGCGGUGCUUGUUCAAGGCAGAAGUACAAGCGCAGGCCAAGGAGAUACAGCGCCUCCACGACGAAGGCGAACACCACCAGCAUUAACCACGCGCCUGCUUUGCAUGCACUGCUCACCGCGCGCGUGUGCAGUGCGACCGCGAGUUGCAAUUCAUCAAAUCAUAAACGAGCGUGACAUGA